CAAGGCGCCAUAUUGGAAAAUUGCUCUGUUCAAGCUCGUUAUUUUGUAACAAUAUUUAUCCUUUUUGAACCAUGCCAACUGCUGUUUUAAAAGACGAAAACGUUCACAAAGAAGAGGAUAAUUAUCCAAGGUAAUGACAGGAAAGAGAUCACACUUAUUGGGCGAUUUGGGCAUAAGAACUGUAGGUUUGACGAAUUCUCAUUUUUACGAAACAGGAUUACGAAGAAAGUGCUAAUUCAACUUUGCAAAGAUCACAAAUUGUACAGAACACCAUAUCUUAAUGAUGUUCUUUACCUUCAUUAUAAAGGUACGUAACUCGAGAUAAAAGUAUGUCAUAUAUGCUUCUUUUUAGUUAACUUAGGUCAUCUAGACAAGUGUUACAUGAAAGUUCAUGUGUAAUUUUUAAUCGUUGUCAUUUUUUAUUAUCAACUUGAAAACCAAUGUCGUUUCAUCAAGCGAAGGCUCGGUGCCCGUAAUAUUUUUUCUGUUUUUCCUUGUGGCUAAAUGUCCGACAGCUGUGCACAGUCUCAAAUAGACUAAGUGUCCGGCAGACAUAAAUUUUCAAACAAUCUCGUGAAAGGUUCUCCUAAACUUCUGAAGCUAAGAGUAUCAGAUGUUUAAGUAGAAAUGCUAAGCGACUCCUUAAAAUAAUUUUUGUUUUUAGUGAACGAACUUUUCGAGUUUGAGUAUGCUGCAAAAGCGCUGGGCGUCGACGCUUAAGAAAGUAUUUGUGGACAGACUGACUUGCAUGGUCUCAAGUGCCCAAUUCAGUCAGAAAUAUUCACUGAUCAUGAAUUCUCUCUAUCACAAACUUCGUGCAAACGAAAUGAGAUUGUUUGAUGCUUGUAAGAAAUACCAAGCUGUUCUUGAAAUCACAAUGGUUUUUUAUUGGAAAAAUUUUCCAAGCUUGUGCCUAUCAUAAAAUUGCUUGAUUGUUAUGUUAUGUUUAUAUGUGCCAAAAAUCUAGUACUUUUAAAUUAUUAUUACCUUUAAGUUCCCUUAGUGUGAUAUUAGCUGAAUUACUAUCACAGGGUUUGCAAAGAUAGAAAACCUUGAGGAGUACACAGGCUUAAAAUGCUUAUGGUUGGAAUGCAAUGGAAUCCAUAAGAUUGAAAAUCUGGACAAUCAGAAAGAGUUGCGAUGCUUGUAAGUACUAUUGGAUCUUUUUCAGUCAACAUCUUUAAGGUGACAGUACAUACUACCCAAUGCAAGAGCUGUCGAGGUUUUCUUGCCAUGGUAUUUUUGUAGAAACUCUCUCUCAGGCUAAUCAUCACUUCACAGGUUUAUUAUGAACCAGUGUAAUGACCAGCUCUUAGUUGACUUGUUAGCUUAGUUGAUAGAGCUCUGCCUUAGUAUCACAGAGGUCAUGGGUUCAAAUCCCAUGGAGGUCUUCAAUUUUUUAAGGCCUUAUUUUCACUACUGCUUAAGUAUUGUUCAUUACUGCAAAGAUUGCUUUCAUAUUAAUUUCUCUCUGGCUUGUUGGACACCAAACAUACACUCGCAAUCAUUUUCAGUAAACCAUGCAGGCAAUGUAUUUGUGCAAAGGAGUACGUUAAUUUUUAAGGAAUCUGUGGACUGCUGCAUCAGUGGGGGUAUUUCAGGAUAAUUUGGUUUCAUUGUGUGAGUCGAUAAUGUAAAUUGGCCGUGGUAGAGAGUUAAUCUAAAUUAACUUUCUGAUCAUUAGCCUUUCGUCAAAGUGAAAUACUCAACAUUUGGGGUAAAACUUGAAAUGUCAGCAUUACAAACUCUGUACAGUGGCCAGUUCACAUUAUCAGUUCAGUUGAUAAAACCUAAUUAUUACAUAUAUGCAAAACAUGUCAAAUAUGCUGUCUCCUCUGCAUCAAAGACCCUUUUUAGCUUACUUGUAAUAUUUCAACACCACUGAUAACCCUAUAUCACUUGCGGGGUUUUAGGAAAACAUCAGUUAGGAUCAAGAAAAGUCAUAGGGUACAGGCUUUCCUAAAACACUUUUUCACCUGUAUCACAGUUACAGGCUUUUAGGAAGCAUCAGUUAGGAAGUAACAUACCACUAAGUGAACACUUUUCAUGACUAUAAUAAUACCAAACAUUUACCAAUGAUAAUUAAUACUUAUACAUUCUGGUCUCUUAUGUAUUUUAUAUGUUUGAAGUAUACCAAUUAACCUAAUGGCAAACUUGUGGGGUUCAGAAUCCAAGGAUCUGGCCACUAUUGUUCAGGGGAAGCAGUGUUCUCCUUUUCAGGCUGUAACCAGUGAAAUUUACUGCCUGUUUAACUCUGAUUACCAUUCAAAAUUAGAUUUCUGUACCAGUUUGACUGAUGAGGAAUCAAGGUUACUGUCAACAGAGUAGGGGUGCCUUCACAAAAAAUCAUGGGGUACAGGCUCCCAUAAAACAUUUUUUUCAGUUGUAUCACAUUCUUUUAAAAGAUUAAAGAUUUUGAAGAUUUUGUAAAUUUUUUUUCGAUGAAUUAAUCUACUACUUUCUUUAGGUGAAAGAAAAAAAAUGAAAUUUUAAUUAACAAAAUUUGACCAGAUUUUGAUGACAGUUAACCUCUAUCCACUGGAUGAAGCUUGGUUUGAAAUAGACAAGAGUUAUUUAGUUAUACUUUUGAGCAGCUUCCAAAAUACCUCUAUGUUCCAGUAAAGCCAAAAUUAUUCUGGGAGGUAAACUGCAUUGGACAAGGCAACUGCAAAGAGUUUGUAGGUUUUUACCUCAUUUUUUUUUCUCAUAGCUUUGUCAUCAUCCAAUAGAUCGUGUUCUCCUAUACAGACCACAUUAGAAUUCUGUAACAUUUAAAAGGGUUUUGUGGUUUAUACAUUGAGUACACAUCCAUGCACAUUCAUAGUGGACAACAUCUACUGCCAGCUUUGUGUUAAUUGGCUGCAUAAUAUUGACUUUGAUUUAGGUACCUACAACAGAAUCUCAUAACAAAGAUAGAGAAUGUGGAACAUCUACAACAGCUGGAUACACUUAACAUCAGCAACAACACCAUUUCUAAGAUUGAAAACAUUGGUGAGUUUGUUCUUGCUAUUGAUUGCAUACUGUAUACCUGUACAGUCCUGUGCAACUGUAGCUAAUUUUUUAUCCUUCAUGGAGAUGCAAACACUAAAUAUUGCCCUCUGACACACUGACCUCCCCGAAGAUACACAAGAUCUAGUCAGAUUUUUAUUUUACUUUCCGUAAUGAUUUGAUUUACCACCUGCUGUGCUUAUAGAGUGUAUUAACUUUUGGUACCUCAAGGAUAAGCACUUAUUCAAAACAGGGCAUUUUUUAAGGAAAGGGCACUAUAAAUAUUUCUUUUUUGAGAAAUAGCAGAUUGUGCAGAACAAAGCUUUAGUGUUUAUUUGAAAAGGAUCAAUAAGACUUGAAGGUGGACAUGUUGUUCCUGGAUCUUUCCUGGGUAAAAUUAAGGCCAGCUAAGCAAUUGUCAGAAAAAAAAAUUUAAGUCAUUGUUCAUUUAAAGGGACUGUACACUCAUGUGGCCACAAUAAUUAAGAGACUGAGACAUAGACCACUGUUUUUGUAGUGAAGCUUCAAAGGAGAAAUUAAAGGAACAUGAACCUGGCUGAUCGCAAUGUUCAUGUACCAUAAUAGUACUGUCUCUGAAAUGGAAAAGGGGUGCCUAUUGGAAUGAUAGUGCUUAUUCAAUAGAGGCCUUUGUAAGAAUAGGGGUGCUUAUUGAAACAAGGGCACUAAAUUGAAUCACUGCGGUACCUCCAUCCUGAUUGUGCAGUUUCUUCAACAGGAGCCAUACCCAAACUUAGCACUUUACAGAUAUCACACAACCGUUUGUCAACUGCUGAUGACUUGAGACAUUUGUCAGAAUGUUGUAAUCUGAGGUAAUGUUGAUUUUUACUGUUUAUGGUUCAAACUUACAUGUAAAGCCUGCAAGGCUGGCAUUCAAAAGUGGGAUGGAGAGAGUGAUAUGCAAUCAUAUGUGCAGAUCUGAAACUGAGCGUCAAGUCUUUGAAAACCUUUGAUUCCCUUGGUCUUCUUGUAUGCCACACAGGCUUCAAUCCUUAUCUCAAUUACGGAAACAUUUUCUUUUGCCCCCCUCAUCAAUGUUGGUAACAGGAAAAUGUGACUACUGGUACUUGGAAAAAAAAUGGACAUUGACAGACUAGAGGAGAUAGGUGUUGAAACAAAAUAUGAUGAGGGUUUGGUUGUACCUGUACUUUUUCAUCAACUUAACAUUCGUAAUUACAUGCUUAUUGAGUAAGUGGGAGAGCAGUAUGGGAAAACAUUUGGCUCAAGGUCAUGAUGUAUGGACAAAUGCAGCUGGGUCUGUGUGUCAUGACUGAGCAUUAAAUUUUUGUCAUACCAUCACUUUCACAGUGAAAACUUUUCUUUUAUUUUUGCAAGUCAGAACAGGAAACUCACAAUUCAUUGAAAAACAAAACUUGGAUUCUAAAUUCUGUUUUCUUUAAAGUUCAAGUCCAUGAUUAAAACUCACUCAUUUUUGUAAAACUAGCAAAUGUAGCAAUGUUUUUUUUUGCAACAAAGUUGUGCAGGCUUGAUGGCUUUCACCAGACAGGUUCACUUCAACCUGUCCAGCUCUACAGACUUCAUAUCAGCUUUUAAUACAGUUUUCUAUGGGAUUGCAUCAAUGCAAUGUGAGAUUACGUCAAUGCAAUUACAUCAUUUCGAUUCUGAGUAAUAUAACAUACUUCAUAGGUUAAAGAAAUCUUCAAAUUUCAUUAGGUAAAAGUAUUGAAUGAUCUUUCAUGCAUCUUGUAGAACUGCUUCAAUAGGAAUACAUAAUGUACAUUUGAAGUGCACCAACUAAUGACUGUCUACAAAGAGAGGAAAUCUUCUCUUGCUUUCUGCCUUUUGAGCGACUGUCCAUAACCAUUUCAUGUUGUUUGUCUUUCCAACAUGUAAGAAAUGUCUCCUUUCUCAUGUCUGCUUGUCUGUCAGUCCUGGUGUCUGUCAAUCUGUUUUGCACUUAUUAUCUGUGACUCUCUGUCUGUUUGGUUCUGUCUCACCACUUGCCUAACCCUUUAACUCCCAAGAUCUGAUUGUUAAUUCUCCCCUCUAGCUACUACUCAUUUUCUUGUAAAUUAGUCAUAAGAAUGUGGUGUUAGAUCAACAUGACAACUUCUACCUGAUAGGUUUGAGUAUUCUCCUUACCAGUUUACUGUAUAAUGUAUGGAUAUUAUCAGUAGCGAGAAAUAAUAAGUUAAUCACUUCUGGGAAUUAAGGGGUUAAUUCAAACUACAUAUCCAAGUCCUUCUGAAUGUUAGAAAUCUUGUUCAAGGUGACUCUCAUUGUAAUUAUUAUUGUUCAAGGUGACUCUCAUUGUUUAAAAUGCUUAGUUUAAUAUAUAUAUUUUUAGGACCUUGGUAAUUGUGACUGAAACAUUUCCCUUGCUUUCACAGUGUUCUUGAUGUUUCCCACAACCGGAUUGACGACCCUGAUGUCGUGAAGGUCUUUGAAUCCAUGGAAAACCUUGUAAGUUGACGGCAUUAGCAUCUUAAGAUGGAAAGUGUUUGAUCUCAUACACUGUGCAUUUUACACGAUUUGUCUUGUUUUCUUUCAGCAUGUUCUUAAUAUGAUGGGUAACCCGGUCAUCAAGAAAAUCAAGAAUUACAGGAAAAUUUUUAUCAUCAAAAUUGUAAGUUUACAAAGCAAUGAAGCUACUGUAGUUUAUGUGAACAAAAGUUUCAAAUAAGGCGCCUGGCUAGCAUUUCUAAAAUUUUGUCAGACGUGUUACUCCGUAGUACAGACUAACACGAUGGUGAACGCCUAACACGGCGAUCAAACAUCGAGCAUACGCAAGGGGAUCAAUUCUUUCCUGCUGCGCGCCAGUUUCCCGCGCAAAAUUUCAAAGGAAAACAUCAGAAACAGGCACUGCUCGCAAAGUAAGUGAAAGAAAUCUGUAAAAAACAAAACUAGGGAAAUGAAAAACUCGAGACUUUUUGAACAUCAAAGGUCGAUACAUUGUUGAAUAAAGGGGGUGGUGCUGCGUCGGUUGAAGAGUAUGACAGGGUAAUUUAGUAUUAUCAACUGAGUUGAUAACGUAAAGUGGCCACCGUAAAGAGUUUUAAAGCUGACGUUUCGAGCGUUAGCCCUUUAAAACUCUUUCCGGUUUUCCGGUGGCCAGUUUACGUUAUCGACACAGUUGAUAAUACUAAAUUACCCUGUCAAUAUACGUUUGACCGACUCGGCUCAAACCACUUACUCUCCAUACAUAUUGUAGCAGCGAUCUUGUUUUACGUCGGAGUAGCACAUUGUUACAACUAAAUUGUGUUGAAAACGUUCGAUUCAUAAGCGGAAGUGGGUAAAAUUUGUACUGUAUUUUACUCGAAGUCGUCCACUCAGAUUGUUAAGGAUAUUACCUUUUCUCAUCCUAUUUAGAAAGGUCUCAGAUACCUCGAUGACAGACCAGUUUUUCCAAGAGAAAGAGCUUGUGCUGAGGCAUGGUAAGAAUUCAAACCCUUUUUUUCUUGGAAGACGUAGGUGAAAACAAUCUCAAAUACGAUAAUACCCCUCACUAAGUGACGCGAGUGAAUGAUAAACAGGAAGAUUAAGGUUUGCUUGGAGGCCUGUGAUUCUAUAACGUUUACACACAUUUUCAGGGUUAAGUUUAUGGGCAACUUAGAGGUAGUACUUGUAGGUGCGUACUUAAAAUGGUUUUCUACAUUGCAUUUUAAGAUCAUUUGUAUUUCACUGGUGCACAUGGCUGCGAGUGAGCAUCUAAAAGAUGCAAGCAAAGACUUAAUUAUAUUUUAAGACGCAUUAUGAAGGGGAGCAGUAACCCAAAACCAAAACCAAACCCAUCGUUCAAAAGUGAUCUACCAAUUCGCUCAACUACUGAGUGUAGUAGAAUAGAGUGCAUUUCGAUUAAGUGUUGUAAGACCAAAACCAAAGUUAUUACGAGGGCCAAUCAGAAGGAAGGAAAAUGCCCCUAAGGAGUCAAUGAGUACACAGAAAAAAAUCAAACAAACUACCCAAAGCGCGGGAAAAUGUGAGUGACCAAGCCGCGUUUGGUUUAAGGUUUACAUCUGAUUGGUUGAGAGGGUGGUGCAAAUUUCUUGGACCAUUCAGAAAGUACAACGAAGCAAAACCAAUGCAGUUUCGAAUUACCUUCGACACUCAAAUGAAACUUGUUGUAAACCCAGUGUUAUUUCGGAUAUCUGUGGGCAUCCGAUGGAAAAAUUAUCUAUUACUUAGGGAGAAGGGUGGAGUGGAGGCUGAACGAGAAGAAAGAGAAAGAUGGAUCACACGAGAACAACAAAAAAUCAUGGAUAGUUUUAAUGGUAAGAGGAUUCAGCCUUUCUUAACGAAAGAUUUAUGGUUUUAAAAAUUUAUGAAGUACUUUUACGUUAAGGUAUAAAAUUUAUGAAGUACUUUUAAGUUAAGGUAUUAUUUGCCAGAGGGUAUAUGUUAAUCUUCUUUUUAAACAUUGUUUCAUGCAGCCAUGGCGAAGAUAAGGGAACAAAACGAGCUAAAGAAGGUAAGACAUACACGUUCUUGGUUGGUUGGAAAUACAACAAAUAAUUUAAAUCUUCAUGUGGCGAUGAAACGAAACUCAGUUUCACUCCUUAGAUCUCCCUAGACCUGUGUGAUUUUGAAGGGCACCCAAAAGUUUGUCAGCAAUCGACCACCUUACGAGCAACUCUUUUUUUUCGUUUAAAGUGUAAACUAAUAGAAGUAUCCAGUAGUCAGUCAGUUCAACAUGAUUGGAAUGUUAUUGAAAGUUGUGUAUAGCCAGGUUUGAAAAAAGGCUACAGUAAAGAGAUAUUUGGGGGUGCUUAUUUAAUGUAUUUGUGAACUGUGUCUUUCAAUACACCAAUUUGUUCCAGCUCGGUGAAAAAUGAAAAUGAUUUAAUAGAUAUUUGGUGUCAAAAUUCCACACAAUGUGAGUGCAAAUUUUUAAGAUCACAUUUGUGUCUUUUCGAGCAGAAGCAGCAGCAAAUUACAUCGAACGAUGAAAACAAAGAAAACAGCAAUGGGCCAAGCGAUGAAAGUAACAGCGAGAGCAGCCAGUACACUGGGCAACAGCAAACGCGUGCUGAAGAAAAACAGGAGUUUGAAAUUGUGUCACGUGUGUUAACUACAAAUUGUGUUAACACGAAAACCACUGACCCCAAGGAAGAAGGCGACAAUGAUUGUUCAGCUUCAGAACCUGAGACGCCUUCUGUUCAGGAAAUAGAGACUGUUACAAUCGGAUCUUCCACUGAGAACCAUGUGCUAGCUGAUCAAGGAAUCUUUAGUGGAUCUCGACAGCAUCAAGUUAAUAGGGCUGGUCCUAUGAUUACAGAAAUAGUUGUGGAUGAAGGUAGUGAGUCGUGCAAAAACAAUUUUGUGAUAUUUUAUAUGUAUUUUGAGGCGAGGUUGUGUUCGAUAUUAUAUGACAGCUGUUCCUGAAGUAUCCUAAUAAGCACGACAAGCAACAAUUUUAGGUCAUGACAUAACAACGUGUGUUGUGGCAGAUAUAAUAUGAAUAAGAAACCCUUUUCAUGUAGCUCAUUCAUUCGGUGCACAUGCAUGACCAAGUAUAGUUUGCAAUUUCAAAGCAAAAAUGAUAUCAAUGUUUUACAAUUAGCUUUGCUCGUUUCUAGAUGAGGAAGAGAAACGUAAAGGAGAAGGAGUGUUGAUCACAGAAUUAGAAGGUACGUUCAUGUGAAACUGGACUGAACCAGUAAAGUAAAUUAGUGUUUGCUUGUAUUACUGUUGAUUUUGCAUCUUAUUUGAUAAGAAGGCUCCUACAACACCAUCGGCGCAAGCACAGUCAUCUUUCCCCACUCUGUAGUGUUGUUGUUGUUGUUGUUGUGAUUGUUAUUCUAUUGUUUAUUUCUAACUUAACUAAAGUGAAAGGCAACAGCCCCAGAGUCUGUUAAUUUCGCCCAUCACAAGCUUGUUCUUUUCGCUUUUAGCUUGGUGUUGACAAACAACUAGUAUCUUAUCUCAAGUAUAACGUAUUCAGCGUUGAUCUUUUUUUAACGUAUCAGGUUUUCUUUCUUUCCUCAGAAGAUGACAUUGAAACGAUAUCACUGGGAGAGGUUCCUAGGGAAGAGUCACAUGAUUUCCCUGAUCCCCCUGAAGAGGUUUGUUAGAUUUUUAAUAUUUUGCACAUAACACAGUCGACCUCACUGUACCAUCUACAAAUAAAAAUAAAAUUUUUACUUUUUCCCCUCAUAUGAUUACCUAAGAAGAAUUCAUUAAGGUUAUUCAGACAGGUCUUGUUCCGCUGACAAUAUGGAAUUUAAGGUUGAUCAAGGGACUAAAAAUAACUCCCUGUGUAAUUCUAUCGCAGGAUUUGCCCGAGUUGGAGGAAAUUGAUGUGACGGAUCCGUUCUUCAUUCGCAGCUUAAACUCCUCUCAUACCAAGGUAAGAUACGAACUAAAGUUUAUUUACUUUGUUCAUUCGAGGACCUCUCAGUUUUGAAGAAAAAUUCAUUCACACUGCCCCACCUCAUUAUUACUGGAGUACACAUAUUGUUCUUGGCUUCUUUCACUCUUCAGUUGUCAAAGCUUAAAAAAUCUCAACAAAAGCUUCCCAUUAGGUUACGUCUUCCUUUUUUUUCGCUUAUUCCUUGCCUAUAUGCCGGGCUAAUUUAUUCGUGAGGAGAAUUCGCAUCGAAGGGUUUAACGAGACAAAUUUAUGAUGACAAAAACUACAUAAAUUUGUUUUUUCCUCAAGGCAGGAAAGCGCCAAACCAACGACAAAACGUUUAGCAAAAGGAACGAACAACGAUCACUCUUAAGAAUGUGCUGAGGCCCUACGUGCUGAGGCACAUUGUAGAUGAACAUCCCCUGCGUCUUUGUUGAAAUUUACCUACGGCCUAUAGUUCUUUUUAAGGCUUUAAUAGCCAUCCAUUAUUCUUUAGAGUGCCAUUCGGCCUUCCGUCAUGAAUAUGUAGGAUACUUGACGUUUGUGUAGCAAUAUUUUGGUAAUGCUUACGCAUUCACCUCUAAGAUGAUAAAAAACCAUUUGGUUUUUACAAAUUUAGUGAUUUAGUUAUAGUGUAAAAACGCAAUAGGAGAAAAGUCGAUGAUCGAAUUUUCUCCCAUUGCGUUUUUAUACACGUUUCGUACUUAAAAGGUCUUCUAUAGGUCCCUUGUUUUAUUAACGUCGUCUUAAAGAACUCCAUCGUCAGAGGUGCACGUACUUUUUCUUCGAAAAACAUUAAUGGUUCAGAGCGAGUUUCCAGCUUCUCAUUUAUGUUGAUUUUGUUUCCAUAGAGAAAACCACUUAUUGAGGAGAUGGACAGUAAUUUGGGAUCGCAAGAGAGACCGCUUAUUGAAGAAUACCGACGAGAAGAACUCCCUUUCAGUGACCAAGAAAAAGCCCUACCUGCAAGGAAACCUUUGAUCGAGGAAAUAGACGAAAGGUUUGCACGGUUGGAAACGUCUUCAAAGAAACCAAGUAAAGCACUUAUCGAAGAGCUCGAUGUGGUAGAUGACAGGGAAGAAUCAAAGCCACUUAUUGCAGAGAUAUCUUAUGACGAACAGACACCAGAUGCAGAUACUGCUGGAAGGCAAGAAUCUGGGCUCAUCGCCAAAGCUUGUACCCAGUCUACGACUGGUCCAUCUUGGGAAACACUGCAAAGACUCGCUGAACAAGUUGGAUCGACGAUAGAACGGGAGCCACUUGAUAUGAAUAAGGAAAAGAAGGCUUUUAUGAAGAGGAUGCAUGACACCAACUUAGGAGACUUGGACUAAAAACACUAAAACAGCUGAAUGUUAACGGGCUACGUUACAAUAUUUGAGCCAUACUUGAUGACGUGCAAAGCUACCUUCAUAUGUGUGUGGAAAGACAGGAAAACACAAAAGAGGCAAUGAUAAACCAAGAAGGAACAAGAAUGGAGAAGAUUUACAAUGGAUUGCAUGUGAUGGACUGACAUUGCUCAAACUACUUUGCGAAAAUGCUCUUUUAAGAAUAGUUCAUUAGCAGAAGGCUGAUGAAGAUGCUCGUAUUAUUGUUUACGACCAUCACAUAAGGCUUUGUAUGAUUAUGUGACAACACGGUAACAACAAAAGUACUUACUUUGGUCCCAAAGUGUUCCGUGCAUUUGAGAUUUGUCUUAAAACAAGGCGACAGGUGGUUGCCACAUAAAGCUUUAAAUGUUGUCAAUUGCAUGCUAAUGUCACAUCAGGUAAGAUGCGCGAUCAAAAGCAGCUGCAUUUUAUGGUCAUAAUUUCACAUAAAAAUCGUUUAAACGAUCCUUGCAAUGCUUGUCUUUGUCAUCCUUUCAGUGGUUCAGGGACUUUUUU